CGCUCAAAAAAAAAAAAUUCCACGUUGUUCCGCGUCGCGUUUUAUGACGACUGGUUAUUUUUCGCAUUUCGAUUCUGGUUCCAGUUUCGUCAUUUCUAUCGGUCGAUACGAAUUUCAUGGCAUGGAGCAUUUCCAUUAGACUGUUUUCGUUGGUUUUGGUGCGGUGGAAUUAUGUGGCGGAAAAGCGUGAGAGUUUAUGUUUGCAUGUUUAUAGAUUAAGAUGACGUCGGACAUAAAGGUGAUGGUGUCAGUCAUUUCAGUGCUGCUAGUGUCUUGCUUCGCAUCGUGUGCAAACGCUCUAAUUUGUACGGAGGGACAGUAUUGGAACCAGGAUCUGCAGAUUUGUUCGGAGUGCUCGAACUGUCCGGUUGGUCAACCAGUCAAGGCGAAGUGCGAAUCGUACAGGGACACCAUCUGUUACACGCAGGAGGAGUUCCUCAAGACCAUCGAACAGCAUCGUUACAGACACGGACACAACCAGCGACAGCGGGGCCGUCAGCGCCACGAUGAUAAGGGCCUGAGAUCGCCGAACGAGCCCUCAACGAUGCCGCUUAAGGACGACGCCACGUUUUCGACCGCCGAAACCCUGGUUUGGGACUGGCAGGCGAUCUCACUCACGCUGGGCGUCUUCGCCUGCAUAUUGUUCUUCGUCGUCAUCACCAUCUACUCGUUGUACCAAGCCAGGCAGUGGAAGAGACUGAAAGAGUCAUACGAAGCUGAUCUAGAGGAACUAGAAAAAUUCAGCUUAAUGUCAUCUGCCUGUAAAAAGGAAGGACUUGAGGAGGGAGACUUUCGACAGAUUCAUUCAUCAGAAGAGGAUAGUAAUAGAUGUGUUUAUUUAGAACAACUGCUAGUGAACGUUCGCAAAGACGAGAAAAUGGGCAAAAAACCGAAGGGCAACGUCUAUAUAGAGGAGUCAAUAUGAGAGGUUGGACUUUUUGCCGAACUGUACAAGCACAGCUGGUGAAAACGGAAAGAAAUAAUUGUCUGAAAUCAUGUAUAGACAUAAUGUGAUCUAACACGUAACCCUGAUCGAGCAAUUUAUGACGUUGCUAUUUAUUUAUUUCGUUUGUGUACGAUUUUGUAUUUGCUUGGACUAAGAUGUGCGAGAUGAAACGGAAAUGUCCUAUCUUCUUGGUAUUUAAUUAAACCCCGCCAACAUUAAGAUGAAAAUUUAAAUGAAUAUUUCUUGCUCCAAGAAAAUAUAAAAGGACACAAUUUCAAGUACAAAACUAGUAUUCUGUUUAAUAUUAAUUUUCUGUAUCUCAUCACGUUUUGUGGAACAAUAUUUUUAUUGUUACUUAAACAAGACUGUACUCCAGUUCGUUGUUGCUUUUUUGUUACAAUCUUCAAGAUGAAAUCAAAAUAGCAACUAUUAAAUUAAUUGUUAAACAUUAGGAUGCACCUACUCCAAAACUGUACCCAUUUACGACUCGUAAUUUUGAUGUACCAAAUUACUGACUUGAUAAAGUUGUCAUUUCUGAUGAAUAAAAUAUCCUAAUGUGUGAGUGUCUCCGUCUAAUAGUCUAGUUGUAUAAUUAUUACCUCUCUGUAUUUCUUGUAGAUAAUUAAUUUAAUAUAUAUAUUUAUUUUAAAAUAUAUGUAAAUUAUUGUGA